UUUUUUUUUCUUGAUUACCAAAACUCUCAAUAGUUUAUUAAUAUAUAUAUGUCUUCUUUUGAAAUACCUGGAGUAUUAACUCGUAGUCAAAAAGCUUUGGUACGUGGUUGGUGGAAAAAAGUGACAGCUGCUCAUCCUAAAGCAGAGAAUUUCAAAGAUAUGAAAGUUCCUAGUGUUGACAAAGGUGUAUUUGGUAUUCCUCUGACACAAUCUCUCGAAUAUGCGUACUCAAGUAUAUCUUACAUUGACGAUCAUACUGGAUCUCAAUGUUAUGGUAUCAUUCCUACCAUUGUGGCAAAAUGUGGAUCUUUUUUAAAAGAAGAGGGCAUGACAACGGAAGGUAUAUUUCGGUUACCAGGUAGUGCAAGACGACUUCGAAUGUUACAAACUAUUUUUGAUACACCUGAUACCUAUGGAUCUCAAUUAGAUUGGCGUGGAUACAGUGUUCAUGAUGCAGCUAGUAUUUUACGACGAUUUAUCAAUCAUCUUCCAGAACCAGUUAUCACUUUGGAUUAUUAUUAUUCAUUCAAAGAAACAAUAGAUCAAACAUUCUCUUCUGAAGACGAAAAAGUGGAUGCCUUUCAAACCUUGAUUGAAAAAUUACCUUUACCUCAUCAAUAUUUAUUGUUAUAUCUUCUGGACUUGUUGGCUCUCUUUUCUACAGCUUCAAAAUAUACAAAAAUGGCUUCUGAUUGUUUGGCAGCUGUAUUUGUACCGGGUAUUUUGUCACAUCCAAAUGAUCGGUUGAAUCCAUCCAGUUACAAACAUUCGCAAAAAGUAUUACAGUUUUUAAUUGAACACCAAGAAAGCUUUAGUAUGCCUCAAUCCACCAAUCUUGAAAAAAUAACAGUGAAAACACCAACAAAAAAUACUGGUUAUAAUCGACUUGAUGAAUCUCGAAACUCUACUCUGACCAACAAUGGAAAAUUAUCGUCUCAAGGCAGCAUGACAUCGUAUGAUGAUAAUGAUCGUCGUGCAUCAACUAUUUAUUCCUUAGCAACAGGCUCAUUCUCGGGAACAGGACUGGAUUCUAUAGUACCGGGUGAAGAUGAAUGUACUGCACGCACUACAUUACCUCAACUUCGUAGAAGUCGAACGGUACCUGGGAAACGCAUUGUAUAUGGUGGUUAUGAACCUCGGCAAGUGAUAUAUGUGAAUCGAAAUGCGAGUCAAAGUGGAAAACGGAAUCUCAAGAUGGAAAAUAUCAAGGAUGAAUUCGUUUAAUUUUUCUUUGAUCCAGCUUUAGGGUCACAUAUACAUAUUAUUUUUUUUUUCUUCUUCUUCUUCUGUUUAUAUUUAUCAUCAUUAUCAAUGACCAUCAUUCCCUUUAUCCUUUCAUUAUCAC